AUGGCGGCUGAAGUUGCAGCCGAAGACGAUGAUGCUUGGUUAUAUGGCGAUAACAAUCCAGAAGAGCAACGCAAAAGAAGAAAUCAAUGCUAUUUUUGAUAGAGCUACAGAAGAAGUUGUUGUUCCAGGCGAAGAAAAUAUUGUAACGACAAAUGGCGACAUUAAAGCUGAUGUUAUUGAAAAUGAAGAAGCAAGCAAUGACGCUGAGGAAGCUAAAGUUCAGCAAAAUGAAGAAGAAAAGGAUUCUGAUGACGAUGAAGAUUCAGAUGAUGAUGUUCAAGUCACAAUAGGUGAUAUAAAACCAGCAUCUACUACUUACCCAUAUGGAGGAACUCCUGUGAAUCUAAAUAUCAAAAGAGGAGCUACAUUUGCUGGCAAUGCAGCUGUGGGCUCUAUCGGCAAAACCAAAGGCAUCGACCUCGACACUGUGGGAAUGAUAAAUGGCGUUUCGAUGUAUGAAUUUAAUUUAGACACAAUUGAAGAUAAGCCAUGGAGAAAACCUGGUGCGGACAUCACAGAUUAUUUCAACUAUGGCUUCAACGAAGAUACCUGGAAAGCUUACUGUGAGAAGCAGAGGAAAAUGAGAUUGGAUAACAAUGUAGUGCCAAAAGCUCUAACAGUUACACCUGGAAAGGAUCAACAAAUUCCCAUAGCCACAGUAAAUGAAAACAGUAAAUAUUCCGGAAUGGGAUUGGGAAUGGGCGUUAAGAAAGCUGGCCCACCUCCUGGGAGGAGAAUGUCCGGAAGCAUUGAUGUUAUCUGUGGAGCAAAUAGCUCUAGACGGUCUGGAAAUUCUAAAGAAAAUGUCAUUCAGGUAAUUGGCAGAGAUGUCUAUGACAGCUCCCUGCCGCCGGGAAUGCCUCCAACUCACAUUCCUCCUCCGUUCAUUCCUCCAAAUCUGUCGGUGCCACCGCCAGGGAUGACUCCAGGAAUACCUCCCCCCAGCAUCCCCCCUCCACCCGGCACCAUGCCUGGUCAUGUGCCGUAUCCCGACCUCUACGGAAAUCCCAUCUUCUCCCAACCACCCCCUCCUGUGCCGGGAGUAAGUACAGAUUCCAAUUCACAGUACGAUGAACAGUACUUCACGGGAAGCUCCUCUCGCCACUACGACGGAAACUCCGAGUCCCAGCACAGCUGGGCCAAUUCUCCCCAUCGCGAGAGGGAUAGGGAUCGGGACAGGGAGAGGGAACGAGACCGGGAUCGGAACCGAGAUCGCUCUCGCGAUAAGGAGAGAGAACACUAUUGGGACGAGAGGAGCCGGGACAGGUCUUCGGGACGCCUCCCUGGCCAGGAAGAUGAUUACAAGAGGCGGGAGAGGGAGGAGUAUGACAGAAGACGGUACAGGGACUACCGGGAGAGGAGGGAUAAGGAUCGCUACGAGAGGGAAUACGACCGAGAUUACGAUCGGGAACACUACGACAGAGAGAGGGAGAAGGACAGCAGAGAACGUGAUCGAGAGAGGCGUCACCGAGAUCACAAGGAGAGGGGAGAGGAUCGCCACAAGGAGAAAUCUCGGAGGCGCCAUCAUGAGGAGGAAGAGCAUCAUUCGUCUCGCCACAAACACAAGAAGUCAAAGAGAGAGAAAGAGGAAACUAGCAAUCCCGCCCAAGAAGGUUCCGAGUCAACCCAAGCUGAAAAUGAAACUGAAGAAAAAUAGUUGGAUUUUUUUUUCUUUUCUUUUUUACUGAUGCUUUUAAGUAAACAUGGUUUAUGGAAUUAAAUGUUGAAUUUACUGAAUUUUUGCAAUAGUCUAUUAAUCAUAGAGAUAUGCAAAUUGAGCUUCAUUGCAAGAUUUUUUUUAUCACAGACACUUUUUACUAAUUUUGAAGAGUUUGCUGUUAUAUUUAUUUUAUCUUGAAUUGUGAUAUACUUUUAUUAGUCAAAAUUCACAUAAUCUAGCCCAAAAGCAGAAAAAAAAAUUCAGUUUAAACAUUAAAAGCUAAUCAAAAUACAGGUUCAUUUUUAAAUAUGUAUAUUUGUUUAACAUUUGUUGUGUGAGAAAGAUUGUUUGUAGCAGUUAGGCUGUUCAAAUAGUGGCAAUUCAUUGUAUUUUAUUGACUCCAGUGGUUGAUCGGAGGUUCACGAAAGUAGUCUCAAAAAUUAUGCUGAUGUGAUGUAACUUACAUGUUAUUUUUUAACUAUUUAUUUAUGUAUUUGUUUUUGGGGCAAACAAAUGAAUAACAUUUUUGUUGACUUUAAGCUUUUAUUCAUCAUCCUUUUUUCAUUUGAGAACCUUCCUCGUAGUGUUUCUUAAAAGUUACAUUUUAAAAACUCAUGUGUUUAAAAAUUAAAACUGAAAAAGAAGGCAGUAUAUGCCUUCUAAUACUCCUGUCAACUGAAUUCAUUUAUGUAUAUAAAGCUAGUCUUGCUAAUAUGUGCGCUUGUGAGGAUUGCAGCAAAAUAUAGCUGAGAGCCAAUUAGCAAAAGAAUUUGCUAAGUAACCAAACAUGGCAACAUUUCUUUCUAAGGAGCACGCUGAAAAUGUGCAAAAUGAGGGGUGCUUUACUUCUCCCAGUUUCUUGUCCACUUAUGCUUCCAUAAGUUGAUUUUCAAGUGUAUUUUUGCACUCACAGGUGCAAUUGAAAAAACAUCAUGCUUUAUUAACCUACGAAACUAAUUUCUUCAAGUACUUAAUGAAUUUUUUCUUCGUUUUACCUCUGGGGAUCAGAACUGUCACUAGCUGGUUUAUUAAGCAGCCAUACUGUCACAAACGAGGAGACUUCAUAGCUUUUUAUCUUUUGCAUUAGUUUCUUUUUCUGUAGCAGUAAGUCACUUAAAAUACUCAACAUUAUUAUUUUCUAUUGUAUUGAGAUACGAAACAAUGAUGACUUUAUUCAGAUAUAAAAUUUAUGUUCAAAGAAAAAAAAACAUUGUAAUAAAUAUGGGAGCUAUUACAACAAAUUGCAUUUUGUGACUUUUUUUUUUUUCCAAAAGAAAGCUUUGGGAAGAUGGAUACAUAAAAUAGUAAUUCAUUUAUCAAAUUUGACAUUUUUAUUUGAAGUGAAAGAAAGAUCAUUAUAGUGUUUUCUCAAAGCCAUUUUAUUGCAAAUAAAAUAUUUUAAUAGAGUCCAAUUCAAAUUUGAAUGAAAAGCCUGUAAAAAC